AUGAAGGGAAUGAAGGAAAGGUUGGCGAAGAAAAUCAAACUCAUAUCCAUUGUUACGACCUUGAAGCAAGGCUUAACUCUUCACAAGAGUAACAUUGAUCGCACAAUCCAUCAUUUGAGAGACGAAAUAGUCGCUGAAUCUGGUCAAAGCAGAGGUUGUGUUACACCAACGCUUCUAGAGCUUGAAGGUGUGGAUACGUCACAACAUAAUCUCGAAGGAGAAGAAAGAGAGAUUCUUCUGGAAUUCGAAGAGAAUUGUCCACCUGGAGGAGAAGAUUCGGUCAUAUUCUACACGACGGGUUUGCGAGGAGUGAGGAAAACUUUCGAAGCCUGUAGGAGAGUAAGAUUCUUGCUGGAGAAUCACAGGGUGAUGUACAGAGAGAGAGAUGUUUCGAUGGAUUCAGAGUAUAGAGAAGAGAUGUGGAGGUUGCUUGGGGGUAAAGUUACAUCUCCGAGGCUGUUCAUUAGAGGUAGGUACAUUGGAGGAGCAGAUGAAGUUGUGGCGUUGAACGAGCACGGGAAGCUCAAAAAGCUUCUAGAAGGGAUCUCACGGGUUGAUUCGCCUUGUGAAUGUUGCGAGAACGAACGGUUUCUGAUAUGUUCUAGCUGCAAUGGAAGCUCAAGAUUGCUUGCAGAACAUCACGAUGAAGAGACGACUAGUAAUAAUGGUAAGAUUUGGACGAGAUGCAGAGAAUGUAAUGAAAAUGGGCUUGUCAAGUGUCCUCUUUGUAGUUGA